GCAUUUUGGGUACUGGCUUGCCUCCGCUUGGGGAGUGUUUCACAUUUAAACAAACACAGUGCCGAAGAUGGCGGAGAGUUCAUAGUGGAAAUAAAAGAAGCUGGCAUGUUGAAAAGGAUAUACUGAAACUGAAUGUAAUGCUGAAUGAGGAUUCUGAAGUCUGAUCACAUCGUUCUAUGCUGGUAAGAAGUUGCUGAUAUGUGUGCAAGAUGAGCGGAUUGGGAGAAAACUCCUUGGAACCCCUGAGUUCGGACCGAAAGCGCAAGCUCUCGUCCUGUGACACUCCAGGCUUGAGCUGUGAUAAACGACGCCGGGAGCAGGAGAGCAAGUACAUCGAGGAGCUAGCAGAGCUGAUUUCAGCCAACCUGAGCGACAUCGAUAACUUCAACGUCAAGCCUGACAAGUGUGCCAUUCUGAAAGAAACUGUUCGACAGAUCCGCCAGAUCAAAGAACAAGGGAAAGCCUCAUCCAACGAUGAUGUUCAGAAAGCUGACGUGUCCUCCACUGGUCAGGGGGUCAUUGACAAGGACUCGCUGGGUCCGCUCCUGCUGCAGGCAUUGGACGGCUUCUUGUUCGUAGUGAACCGGGACGGCAGCAUCGUCUUUGUGUCCGACAAUGUGACUCAGUACCUGCAGUACAAGCAGGAGGAGCUCAUCAACACCAGCGUCUACAACAUCCUGCACGAGGAGGACCGCGAGGAGUUCCAUAAGAACCUGCCCAAGACAGCGGUGAAUGGUGUUUCCUGGGGAAAUGAGGCUCCCAGGCAGAAGAGUCACACGUUUAACUGUCGAAUGCUGGUGAAGUAUGGCCAUAACCCCUCAGAGGAUGGCUCUGGGAGCCCACGAUAUGAAACCAUGCAGUGCUUUGCUCUCUCACAGCCAAAGGCCAUGAUGGAGGAAGGAGAAGACCUGCAGUCUUGUAUGAUCUGUGUGGCAAGGCGUAUUACUGUGGAGAGAACCGAAAACUUCGUUACGCGCCAUGACCUGACAGGGAAGCUGAUUCAAAUAGACACCAACUCCCUCCGUGCCUCCAUGAGACCUGGCUGGGAAGACCUGCUACGACGGUGCAUACAGAUGUUCAUGCACCACAGUGAGGGGCAACCAUGGUCACACAAACGCCAUUACCAAGAAGCCUUCAUGCAGGGCCAUGCCGAGACCCCGCUGUACCGGUUCUCUUUGUCCGAUGGAACUCCGGUAACGGCCCAAACCAAAAGUAAACUUUACCGGAACCACAUGACCAAUGAGCCCCAGUGUUUCAUAUCCAACCACCUGCUGCAAAGAGAUCAGAAUGGAUACAGAGCGAACCAGGCCCCUAUGAUGCAGGGCAUGAGGGCCCAGUCGAUGGGGAAUCCCAACCCUGUCUCAAUGAACAUCCCCCAAGGUCCAGGGAUGGGCAUGGGGGUCAACCGGGGCUACGAGCCCAACCCCAUGGGACAGAUGGUGAACUCCAGGUAUGGUGGCAGCAGUGGGAUGAUGCAGAUGAACCAGAUGAGCCAUGCAGGCCCAGGGAUGAUGCAACAGCAGCACCAGCACCAGCAACAGCAGCAGCUGCACCAACACCAACAGCAGCAAUCUCCUUACCAUGGUGGAGGUUAUGGUCUCGGGAUGAGCAGUCCAUCUCAUGGGAGCCCCGGUAUGAAUAUAUCCCAGCAAAACCUAAUGGUCUCUCCCAGAAACCGUGGGAGUCCCAAAAUGGGGGCCAGCCAGUUUUCUCCAGGAGGCAUGCACUCGCCCAUGGCUCCUGGCAGCAUUGGUGGAGGCAGCAGUUUCUCCAGCAGCUCUCUCAAUGCUUUGCAGGCCAUCAGCGACGGGGUGGGCAACAACCUUCCCUCCACUCUCUCCUCCCCGGCUCACAAGCCAGACAGCUCACCAAGCAUCAACUCUUCACAACAGCAGCAUCAGAAUCAACAGUGUAAGCCGGGUCACAUUGACUCCAAAAGCCCAGCCGGCAUGUACGGGGGCGGGGGGGAUCAACAACACCCCCACCAUCAUCACCAUCACAACACCCCCGGUGAGAGCACUGCCGACCGGCCGGACAGCCAGGCCAACCUCCACGGCACCAAGGAGGGCAGUGAGGUGGGCAGUGGCACCAUGGAAGCCCAGCGAAGGAUGCCAGACAGCAAGGGGAAUAAGAAGCUACUGCAGCUGCUGACUUCUCCUUCUGAUGAGAAGCCAUUGGUAGGGGGCACCACCACCCCCACCUCGCUGGACCCCACGCCCAAGGAUUCUGCAGCCUGCGUGACCAGCCCCUCCUCAUCUGGGGUCUCCUCUUCCACUGCUCAGCCCCCAGGUGGAGGCUCGUCGUCGUCCAUGCUGCAGGAGAAGCACAAGAUCCUCCACAAGCUGCUGCAGAACAGCAACUCCCCAGAUGAAGUGGCCAAGAUCACGGCCGAGGCCACGGGCAAGGAGAGCAUUAGCCAUGAGGCUGGGGCGGCAGAGCUCGCUGCCGCCAGUGGAGGAGCAGACAUCAAACAGGAGCAGCUGAGCCCCAAAAAGGAGAAGGCCCAUGUCCUGCUGCGCCUCCUGCUGGACAAGGACGACUCCAAAGACUCUUCCAGUAAGGAUGUCAAGCCUAAACUGGAGGAGCUGGACGGGAAGAACCCUCAGGGUGCCUGCAGCAGCUCGGGAAUCAUGACAUCCGUGCCAGAGAAUGGGGAGCGCAAGAUCAAGACCGAGCCCCCAGAUGAGCUGAGUCCUGACAUGGACACAUUGGAGACCAUCCUGGGAGGCUUCAGCGGCUCAAGUUUCUUCCAGGAUUCAGCGGGGGGAGGAGGGGGGCGUGCCGAUGGGAUGAGCAAGCAACAUGCUUCUCCGGAUGGGAGCGCACUUGGGUUGAGGAGCCCCGACUCGGUGCCCGGCCCCCGAGCUCCGUUCCAGCGGGCCAUGUCGAUGGACGGGAAGCCCAUGGCAGGAGCAGGGCCCGCGGGGAGGCGGAGUGCCCCCUGCUCUGUGCACAUCAAGCAGGAAAUCAUGGACCCACGAAUAAUGGGCAGCCCAGAGAACUUUCCAGGGAGCAUGGGAAUGCCUAACAGGGUGAUGGGAGUCCCCCAGCGCUCUCCUAUGGGUGGAUCGGGUGAGUGGGUUUUGCCCCGGUCGAAUGCAAGCCCAGUGGGGUCUGCAGGUCACCCCUCCAUGAUCCGGCCGAGAAUGGACUAUAACACUGCAAUGGCCAAAACCAUGAUGGGCGGUCCAAUGGUCAGCAGGUCCAACAGCAUGCCGGCGAGAGGGUCAAUGCUGCAGCAGCAGCUGAUGGACGUGGGUGACAUGGGCAUGAGUCAUUUCAGCCAUCAGGGACCUCCCAGAUCUCCUUCCUGGCCUGACAACAUGCUGCCGAUGGAGCCAGGGCCACAGAGCAGCCAGCAGAACAGGAGGCAGUUUGGCAGCCCUCUGGAUGAGCUGUUGGUGCCCCCCUCCACCAGCGAGGGUCAGAGUGACGAGCGCGCCCUGCUGGACCAGCUGGACUCGCUGCUCAAUAACACAGACGUCAUGACCCUGGAGGAGAUCGACCGGGCGCUGGGCAUCCCUGACCUUGUGAGCCAGGGCCAGGGUGUGGACCCCCAGUCGGAGCAGUUCUCAGGACAGGAUCCGGCCAUGAUGAUGGAGCAGAAGCCCCCCAUGUACAGCCAGGGCUAUCCUGGGCCUCCAGGCAUGGGGAUGCCGGCUGGCUACAGCAACACAAUGCAGGGCCAGCCCGCAGGCUUCAACCCCAUGAUGAGCCAGAUGAGCCAACAGGGCAACUUCCCUAUGUCGGGCAUGCACCCCCGUGCCACUAUGAUGAGGCCGCGCAUGAUGAACGCACCCAAGCAACUCCGCCUGCAGCUGCAGCAGAGACUACAGGGCCAGCAGUUCAUGAACCAGAGCCGACAGAACCUGGGGAUGAAGAUGGAGAGCCCGGUGGCGGGGGGGAGCCCCUUGCUGCCGCCCGGCAUGCAGCCCCCCAUGGGAGGACAGCCGGGGUUCCUCAAUGCUCAGAUGAUGGCUCAGCGGAACAGGGAGAUCUUGAACCACCAGCUGCGGCGCCAGAGGAUGAUGAUGCUAAUGCAGCAGCAGCAGCAGCAGCAGCAGCAGGCAGCGGGGGGCUUCAGCCCUCCUCCCAACGUCACCGCCCCCGGAGGCAUGGACACCGCCAUGGGGGGCCCUCCCAUGAGCCAGGCCCCCCCGCAGCAGUUCUCCUACCCGGCCAACUACGUAGGAAUGAACCAGCAGGGGGAUCCCUUGGUUUUACGCUCCGCUGCCGCCAGUCCUCCGAACCCCAUGAUGUCGGCUCGGCUGGGGCCGCCUCAGACUCCCAUGAUGCAGCAGCACCCCCAGAGUGCACCCAUGUAUCAGACCGCCGACAUGAAAGGCUGGCCACAGGGAAGCAUGGCCAGGAACAGUUCAUACCCCCAGCAGCAGUUUGCCCAGCAGGGGAACCCCGGCUCUUGCAACAGCAUGAUGAUGAACGGUGCCAUGCCGUUGAAUGGAAGUGGGGCUCACAUGGCGCAGAUGAACAUGAACCCCAUGGCAAUGGGCGGGAUGCCCAUGGGGCCGGAACAGAAAUAUUGCUGACCCCCUGGUUCAUAUACUAGUGGAGGAAUCCUAAUUCACUGUGAACGUUUGGAAAGAUGAGGGCUCUGUUUUUAGGCAGCUUAAACGUGCCCAUUCCAGCCGACCGUGGGUUUAACCUGAACACUCUUCCCAGUUCACCAGGCCAGUUUGUACCGGGGAGCCAAGGGAGGGCUGUUGGAUUCCCGUUAGCCGACGAGUGAUUUAAAACAAUCCCAUUAAUCUUAAGCGGACUAUGUGGGAAAAACCAGGAGAAAUGAAUUUUACUUCAGAUUUAUUAAAAAAAAAAAGAGAGAAUAAAAGGAUGUUUUGGGAACUGUAUUUAAAUCUUAGAAGCUAGAAAUCUUUUUUUUGUAAAAACUGGGCCAACCCCCCCCCCCCCCCCCCCCAAACAUAAAGAAAUGAUGAGGGUCUCCUUUCCUAACUAGAACCCAAGUCAUGCAGUACCGAGAUACGGAAAACACUGUGCUUUGUUACAUGCUGGGCUUGGGUACUCUGCAUAAUUAGAAGCAAAUUGUGUGUCAGAUAUUGCACUCUAUAGAAAGGCUAACGUUGAAAGGAUUGUUGCAAUAUUUCUUGUUCAUUUUAUAGCCUUAUUCAAGAACUAAUGCACGGAGCAAAGCUUGCAAUUAAUUUCUUUUUAAAUUGGGGUCCAUUGUAAUUUUAAAAGGUAACAAAUGGAAAGCAGCGAGCACAGAGAGAUAUUCUUUAUUAUGCACAUUUAAGCAAUAAUCCGCUCAAAGCAAAGGUACUGCAGUAUUAGAUGUCACAUUUUGGGAUUUUUUUUUUCUGUGAAAUGUAUAUUGUAAAUAUGCUCAGAAAUGUAUAAUAUCGGCUUUUGUAGGUCACACACAUACAUUUUUUUUUGCACAGAUUGUAAGGCAAAAUAUUUAAGAUAAUGUUUCCUGUACUUUUCUUAAGGUCAAACUGCAUUUAAAUCCCCCCCUACCGGUUUCAUUUUUAAGUUUAGCUUGGAUUUGAUUUUUUUUUUUUUUUUUUUUUUUUUUUUUUUUAAGCACUUUUAUUUCUCUGAUGCAAAAUACAAAUUAACUUAUUUAUUUUUGUGGAGGGAGGGGAGGGGAGGGGGUUGUGAGGAUGUAGGUAUCCAGCUUUGGGUGAUACAGGAUUACAUUUUAUUCUGACGUGGAACAUUUUAAUAAGAAUGUCAACCUCAGACAUUACAUACAGAUAGGAGUGGAUCUUGUGUACCCUCGGUGUAUUGUAUUUUAUGCUUGGUGGCUUACAAACCCAACAUGUGCUGAAUUAUUCCAAGUUCCAAUGAGCUGUAAAGUGCCAAGCAUGCAAAUACCCAUUCAGUCUUUCUAUUCUAGACAUAGUGCAGUUAUAUUAGGAAUAUCGUCGGUCGGUCUUCCUGUGUUUUUGAGAAGGGGCUGUCUUGUUUUGUCUUGGUAAACCGUUUGUAAACUCUUUAGGAUCUGAGGCAUUAUUGAUUUUACUGCCACCUUGAACUGCAGGCAACUGGGAGGGAAUGAAAGAGCAGAUUAAUCUGAAGUUGCUGUAGGGGGUGAGUGUAUUUGAGGGGUGUUUGGACCUUUUCAUAUUUAUUUACUUAGUUAGAUAAGUUGGUACCUUAGCAGCCGAAUAAAGGUAGUUUUUAAUUAUUAAUUUUUUUUUUUGGAUAAUCUUUUUUUUUUUCUAGAAAUAUCUACAAAAGUAUCUACCUUUUCAUACCUGCGUAAUCCAAAGAUUAUUUUUUCCAAUGCAUAGAACAAUAUGCCACACCAUGGACUGAGUGUAAGUGUGUGUGUGUGUGUGUGUGUGUGUGUGUGUGUGUGUAUCAUUUUAUAUAUAUAUAUAUAUAUAUAUAUAUAUAUAUAUAUAUAUAUAAUUACACACAGCAGCUGUACAUGUUUUGUGUUCUAUCUGGAUUUGCUUACACUUGCAGAGUGUAUUCAAGACAGCUUCAGUUUCAGAUCACCUGAAUAAUUGCUGUAUUCCCAGUUUAAAACUAAAAUGAAAUGUUGUAUUAAUGGUGACCUGAAAUACAGAUUGCAAGGAGAUCACUGUGUAAUGUUGUCUCAAAUUAUUUUUUGAAAGUGAAUGUGGAUAUGGAAAUAUAAUUUUUCUUCUUCUUCUUCUUCUUCUUCUUCUUCUUCUUCUUCUUCUUCUUCUUGUUAAUAAUAAUAAAUAGAACAGUGAGGAAAUAUUUUAGUUUUUGUGAGGAUCUGAAGGCUUUAAGAUUUGUAGAGAGAAUUUAAAUAAUCAAACCCAGCAAGGCAAUAUUUGUAUGUCAAUGCUUAAUACAAAAAAAAAAAAAAAUGUUAUUCUGUAUUCCGUGUUAUAUAACAAAAAAAAGCAGCAUUUUACGGUCAUAAUUUCAGGAUGUAAAUUACUAUUGCAGUUUUUGUUUUCUUUCUUACUUGUUUCUUGAUGUUAAUAUUGAUGUAAAUACAAAUUUCUAUUGAAA